GCUUUACAAUUUCUCAAGAUUCCCUGUUAACCAAUCAUAAUAAUUAAUAAUUCACAUACCCGUUCGACAUGCCGAAGAGAAAACGCGAGCCUACCCUCGAAGAGAAGCUGUCGCAAUGGCACAAGGAGCUUGCGCGCGGCAUGAAGACCGCCAAGGGCUUCGAGCGCCAGCGAUUGAGCAAGCGCAUCCGCGAAGCUCAGAACGAUCCGGACAAGACGGCGAGGCUUGAGAGGGAGGUCGCCGUUCUAAAGAGUCUCGAUCUCCAACAGGCCGCGCACGCGCACCUCUGCUCGUCGAUCCUUAAGAUCAAAGGCGUAGCCGAGUCGCCCAAGAUCCCCGCCGAUAUCAUCAAGCCUGUCCCGAAGCCCGAGGGAUUAUCCGAGGAAGAGAAGGCCGCGCUGCACAACGUGACGAGCGCGCUCUGCAACCGCAAGCAGAUCCGCGACGUGAUCGAGGAGGCCGUCAUGGGCACCUGCAUCGCGCUGAGGGUGCCCAUGCCGGAGAAGCUGAAGAAGGGGAAGGGCAAGAAGGAGAAGAAGGAUGGCAGAGCUGAUAAGGAAGAGCAAGCCGACGAUAUAGAUACUGCGAAGACGAAGGCAGCGAAAAGUAAAAAGAAGAAAGAGGAGGACGAGGAGGAUGAAGAGCCGGGGCUGGUGCUUCUCAAACGAAAACGAGAAAAGGUUGCAGAUGAUAACGAAGAAGACGAACUUGGUAGUGAUACGGAUGACGUCGGGGCUGAGGAUGAGCAGCCGUUCGAAGGUUUCUCGGACAGCGAGGCUGAGGAGCAAGCCUGGUCGCGAUACGACGACUUUGUAGCUGGUUCUUCUAGCGACGAAGACGAAUCAGAUGGUAACGAUGAGCUCGUCGCGGAUAGUAGAACGAGAUCACUGAAAAGAGCACCGACUGACGACAUAUCAAUAUCAUCAGCUGGAUCAUCCGAGUCAGAGCAAGAAGAAGAUGACGAAGAGGAUGAAGAGGAAGAUGCAGACAGCCGAAUUUCUGCAUCUGCAUCUCCACCACCGACUAAGAGAACCAAAGUCGCCAAGGCGGUAGCCCCGAUAUCAGCCGGUAACUCAGCGUUCCUGCCCACGCUGAUGGGCGGCUACAUAUCCGGUUCGGAGUCCGAAGCCUCGGACCUGGACCUGGCGCCCGCGCGUAAGAACCGGCGGGGCCAGCGGGCGCGGCAAGCCAUAUGGGAGAAGAAGUACAAGGAGAAAGCGAAGCACGUGCAAAAACAACAAGAGAAGGCCAAAGUGGGCCGGGACCAAGGGUGGGACAUGCGGCGAGGCGCGGUAGGAGACGAGGAGGCAUCUAAUAAGCCCUGGAAGAAGGGUAUCCGGAACCCCUUCGACAACAAGCAUGUCCACCCCGAGCGCCAGCAGCACCGCCUCCAGUCCGACGGAGGAAGGAAUUCCGUACCGGAUAAACCGAAGCCGAAAGCGGUGCCUAAGAGGGAUGAUACGGGCCCGUUACACCCCAGUUGGGCCGCGGCUAAGAAGGCUAAGGAGGAAGGCCAAAAGGUCGAAUUUCAGGGGCGCAAGGUUGUUUUUGAUUAAGAUUCUUAACAGAUACCAUAUGUUACUAUGCUAUGAAGAGUACUAGGAGAAUUAAAGUGCAUUGUAGAAGAAAAAAAAAACAUCGAUUGAUAUAAUUAGAGGUACCUAAGGUAAAACUACUUCUAUUUAUGUAGUCGCAUCAGCAAUAAGAUCACGUAUAUUCGUCAUGU